AAAAUGGCCGCGGUGUGGGAGGCUGUGACUACGACUUUCUGGAGCGAAUGGUUCUGGCUUCCUCGUCACGUUUCGUGGGAGAUUCUUAAAAAUGAGGAAGAUGGCAUUUAUCGACCCCAAACAGGGGACAUCAUUAUUAUGGCCCCCUUGACAGUGCUGCUAAUUGUACUACGACAACUUUUCGAGAGAUACAUCGCAAAACCAAUGGGACGCCAUUUUGGAUUACGGGAAGAGGACAGUCAAAAAGCUCCCCCUAAUGAAAAAUUGGAAUCAUUUUAUGCAAAAAACAAAAAACCAAAUGAUCAGAAUUAUUUGACUUUAACAAAACAGACAGAUUUAAGCAGACGACAAAUAGAACGUUGGUUUCGUCAACGUCGUAAUCAAGACCGAACCAAAACUCUCAUCAAGUUUUCAGAAAGCAGCUGGAGAUGUGUUUUCUAUUUUGUUAUAUUUUGGUAUGGGGUGUAUGUUUUAUAUGAUGAAGAAUUUGUGUGGGAUCGUGCAGAAUUAUUUAGAGGCUGGCCUCAUCAUCACGUUAGUGAUGAAUUAUUUUGGUAUUAUGCUGUUGAAUCAGCUUUUUAUCUCUCCUUAGUAUUUACUUUAUUUACUGACGUCAAACGCAAGGAUUUUAAUGAGAUGAUUAUACAUCAUAUUUGUACGUUAUGUUUAUUGUUUACGUCAUAUAGUUCUAAUCUGAUACGUAUUGGCAGUUUAGUUCUUGCUGUUCAUGAUGUGGUAGAUUCUUCACUGGAGGUAAGUAACUUCUCUAUUCUAAUUGAUCCUGUUCAAUCUUUAUAUGUUAUUGUAGUAAUGAGGACACUGAAAAUAGUCAAACCUGUAUACCUUUUUUAUACGCCCACACGUAAGAUGGGCUAUUUUGAUGUGAUACCAAUCUACUGGUUUAUUAACGGCAUGUUGAUUAUUCUCCAGAUCUUGCAUAUAUUUUGGUCGGUUAUCAUCUUUAAAGUUGUCAUUAGUACCCUUAAAAGUGGUCAGCUGGAAAGAGAUGCUAGAAGCAACAGUGAUAUAGAGUUGUCAGAUUCAAAUGAUCCAGUAGCUAAAUUAGAGGGUAACAUGUCACACAAUGGUGUCAAUCAUGAGAAGCGAAUGACUCAAGCUAAUUCGAACUCUAACAAUCAUUGAAAUUUUUUUUUAAACUUAGUGUUUUUUUUUGUUUCAUUUUGUUUUUUACUCUAUUUUAUAUGUUUUUAAGUAUUCUCUGGGAAACUUUUGUAGAUCAAAGUUGGUUCUACAAUUAGAGUUAACUCACUCUGCUAGUUUCUAGGGUAAAAAUAUUUAAUCUUAAUUAAUGUCACUUGGCUUCAUCCAAGGAUAAAGCAGGUGGCAUAAAAAAAUACUCUUGACUGGCAUUAUAUUUCAUGACAUAGAAUACAAGAUGCAUAACAAUUAUGUCAGAUCAUGAAUGUAAAAGUAAAGUCACAUGCAAAGUAAAAUGGGAAAUGCAAUAUCUAUAUUUGCAUCUAAAUUAUAUUCAUGUUGAGAGCUGGUGUAGCAUGUUAAUUAUUAGACCGAAACAUUCUGUCUCUCAAUGCUGUCAGCAAAGGGUCAGGAGACCAUCUAUGAAUAUAUCUUCAAAUACUAAUUUUGUUGCGUUGAAAUAUUCUUCUGUCUUAAG